ACAACACGCAUCCGAAAUAGCAACACUGUGUGCAUAAAGGCGGCGCAGGCGAGACUCAAACCCUGACACUCACCAGGACGGCGAGAGACACACACAGAGAGAGAGAGAGAGACCAGCUAGACCAUCACCGCUAUCCUUCUCAACCAUACAAGUGAGCUCAGGGUACAUUAGAGGAGAUCUGACCUCAAAGAAGACGAUGCCGGUGUGCACCAUGAUCGAGAAGUGCAACGGCGUGGUGGCAGGAGCCGAGCUGUCCUGCAGCGUCCGGGAGGAGAACAAGGCUCAGAGGGAGAGCUACUGCGCCGACUGGAGGAGCAUCAGCCUCAAGACUCAACCUGAGGAAAGGAAGACGAUGAACAUGAAGGACGCUUCCCGUAAGGAGACCCUCUCCCGCCAGUGGAAGGCCUCGCUUCUCACCCAGUCCUGCCCCUCCGGUGUCCUGCGGGUGGGCACCGUGGAGCGAGGGGUGAGGGAGCACCAGCUGCUCCCAAAGAGAAACACCCUCCCCUUGCCUAUCUUUACCCCGGCCGAGCUGGGAGUCCGCCUGGGCCGCGGUGCACCGCACGCCCCCGAGGACCUGCAGCCAUUCGCGCCCACGGAUGGUUUGUGUCCCAGCAAGAGGAGCGUGGACGAGAUCACUCGAGACCUGCCGCCCGUCAAACCCACCCUCAUGGAGUUCAGCAAGGCACCAAAAGCUCUCGGGCGCUCCAUGUCACAGGAGGCCCAAAGAGGGUGAAAAAAUGGACGCCGGGGGGAUGCUGGAAAGGGAUGACAAGGAGCAGAAAGAAUGUGCAUGCACUUGUGACAUCCUAAACCCUCUCUUGUGUAGAUUUAUAGCACUGUCUUGGCCAGCACCGCAUCACGGUGUCAACAUGUGGAGGUCCGCCGAAUGGUUGUACGUAUGUGUGUGUCGUCGGCUGUUCUUUGUCAUGCUGCAGCUGAUCCACACUGCAUGGAAGUCAAUGAAAGUGCUCCUGUAGACUGCAUUAUAGUGGUCGCUGCAAUGUGAACAUGAGGUAUGAGGUAUCGGGUCUGGGAUGGGAAGACAAAGGGCUUCCGGACAUGCAAGUGUACGUUUGUGUGUGUCUGUACGCUCAGGCACUCAAGAAAACACUUAAUAUUUGCCACAUUUAGCAUUGUUUCUAUCUAAGUGGGCCCCUCAAGUGUUUGAUUAGCUGAGAGUAACUGUUUAACUGUUUUUUUUUGUUUCCCAGAGUUGUAUUUAAUUUUUAAUAAUAAAAAUAAGAGCUGCUAUUGAA